CUCUGUAGCAGCAGCAGCAGAGCACUCUGUAGCAGCAGCAGCGGUGGCGGCAGUGGCAGUGUAACCCUCGAGCCCCGCUGCGCAUCGCGCUCCUGAGCACCGCUCGGCGCCUCCUCCACCCAGGCCGAGCCCCUCUGCCCCCACCUUCCCCCAGUGUCUGGCGAGGAGUGGCGGGCGGCGGCGGCGGUGGUGGGAGACCCUGGGGAUAUUUCACGGUGCGCCCAUUGGACCCGCGCGCCCAGUGAGUGGGUCUCUGGCUCCCCCGUGAGGUCUCUGGCUCCCUUUGGGGUCUCUGGCUCCCCCGUGGGGUCUCCGGCUCCCGCGUGAGGUCUCCGGCUCCCCCGUGGGGUCUCCGGCUCCCCCGUGGGGUCUCCGGCUCCCCCGUGGGGUCUCUGGCUCCCCCGUGAGGUCUCCGGCUCCCCCGUGGGGUCUCCGGCUCCCCCGUGGGGUCUCUGGCUCCCCCGUGGAGUCUCCGGCUCCCCCGUGGGGUCUCCGGCUCCCCCGUGGGGUCUCCGGCUCCCCCGUGGGGUCUCUGGCUCCCCCGUGGGGUCUCUGGCUCCCUGUGGGGUCUCUGGCUCCCCCGUGGGGUCUCUGGCUCCCCGUGAGGUCUCUGGCUCCCUGUGGGGUCUCUGGCUCCCUGUGGGGUCUCUGGCUCCCCGUGAGGUCUCUGGCUCCCCCGUGAGGUCUCUGGCUCCCUGUGGGGUCUCUGGCUCCCCCGUGAGGUCUCUGGCUCCCCGCGCCAUGGCCGCCCGGCCGCUGCGGCUCGAAUCGAGGCGAGCCGAGUGUGGACCUUGCUCCCCCUUCUCUGCGCAGGAGGGGAGAUUCUCCUCGCCCGCUCUCGACUUCUCCCUGAGCUACCAGCACCACCAACAGCAGCUUCACCACCACCACCAGCAUCAUGAGCAGCAUCGUCAGCAGCAGCAGCAGCGUCAGCCCUAUCCUCAUCAUCAGCUGCACGCCGCUGCUCCUAUGGAGAGCGGCCUCAUCGCUGACGACUCUUCUGAGAGCGAGACGGAGAGUUCGUCCCAUCACGACCACGAGCACCACCAUCACCAGCCGAAGCUCAUCCGCAAGGUGUCCACCUCGGGCCAGAUCCGCAGCAAGACGAGCGUGCGAGAGGGUUUCCUGAUGAAGCAGACGAGUUCGUUCCAGCGGUGGAAGCGCCGCUACUUCAAGCUGCGCGGACGCACCCUCUACUACGCCAAGGACGCCCAGUCGAUCAUCUUUGACGAGGUCAACCUCACGGACGCCAGCGUCGCCGAGUGCAGCACCAAGAACGCCAACAACAGCUUCACGAUAAUCACCCCGUUCCGGAGGCUCAUCCUCUGCGCUGACAGCCGCAAGGAGAUGGAAGAUUGGAUCGCCGCUCUCAAGUCGGUGCAGAGCACCGAGCCCUUUCAGGCAGUGCACUACAGCAUGGACCACUUCUCGGGUGCUCACCACUGGUACGCGUGCACGCACGCGCGCCCCACCUACUGCAACGUGUGCCGCGAGGCGCUGUCCGGAGUCACGUCGCACGGCCUCUCCUGCGAAGUGUGCAAGUUCAAGGCCCACAAGCGCUGCGCCGUGCGCGCCACCAGCAACUGCAAGUGGACGACGCUCGCCUCCGUCGGCAAGGACAUCAUCGAGGACGAGGACGGGCUGGCGAUGGCGCACCAGUGGCUGGAGGGGAACUUGCCGGUGAGCGCGCGCUGCGUGGUGUGCGACAAGGCGUGCGGCAGCGUCCUGCGCCUGCAGGACCGCCGCUGCCUCUGGUGCAAAGCCAUGGUGCAUUCCGCUUGCAGGGAGCAUUACAGCCGCAAGUGCCCGCUGGGCCAGUGCAAGGUGUCCAUCAUCCCGCCGACGGCGCUCAACAGCAUCGACUCGGACGGCUUCUGGAAGGCCACGUGCCCGCCGUCCGUGACGAGCCCGCUCCUCGUGUUCGUCAACUCCAAGAGCGGCGACAACCAGGGGGUCAAGUUCCUGCGCAGGUUCAAGCAGCUGCUGAACCCGGCGCAGGUCUUCGACCUCAUGAACGGGGGACCGCACCUGGGGCUGCGUCUGUUCCACAAGUUCGACACGUUCCGGAUCCUGGUAUGCGGCGGCGAUGGGAGCGUGGGCUGGGUGCUGUCCGACAUCGAUCAGCUGAGCUUGCACAAGCAGUGUCAGAUGGGGGUCCUGCCCCUGGGCACGGGCAAUGACCUCGCGCGCGUCCUGGGUUGGGGUCACUCGUGCGACGAUGACGCCACCCUCCCGCAGAUCCUGGAGAAGCUCGAGCGUGCCGGCGUAAAGAUGCUGGACAGGUGGGCGAUCAUGUCGUACGAGGUGAACGUGCCGCCCCGGCACUCGCAGCCCGUGCCGGGAGAGGAGAGGUCCUGCGACGGCGAGGCGGACGGGCGAGCGGGCGCGGCCGAGGAGGGCGGCAGAGAAGGCGGCGGGCAGGCGGAGAUGGCGGCUUACGAGGGCUCCGUGGCGGCUCACCUCACGCGCAUCCUCAACUCGGAGCGGCACUCGGUGGUGAUCGCGUCCGCCCGCGUGCUCUGCGAGACGGUGAAGGGCUUCGUGGCGCGCGUGGGCAGCGCCUACGAGAGGGCCGGGGAGAACCCCCGGGAGUCGGACGCCAUGGCCCACAAGUGCGCCGCGCUGAACGAGAAGCUCGACUCCCUCCUGACGGCGCUCAACGACGAAGCGCGGGCGGCGGCGGCGGCGGCGGCGGUGGCGCCGGGCAGCACCGGCACCCCCCCCAUCGCCGAGGAGGAGGAGACCGAACCGGAGGAGGAGGACGAUGACGGCGAAGAGGUGGCGGUGGAGGAGGAGCUGGAGAAGGGAUCACGGGAGGGGGCCGGGAGAGAGACGUGCGCGGGGAGGCACAGGGAGGCGCCGCUGAGGAGGAGGCCACGACCUCCUCCUCCUCUUCCUGCACUGGCGACGGCGGCGGAGACGCAGCUGUUCCUGCCGCGCGAGCACCUCAUGUCGCGAGCCAACAGCCUGAAGAAGGCCGUGCGGCAGAUCAUCGAGCAGGCCGAGAGAGCCGUGGAUGAACAGAACGCGCAGACGAGCACCUGCAGGAGGGAGCCGGAGGAGGUGCAGGAAGAGGUGCAGGAGGAGGUGCAGGAGGAGGUGGAGGAGGUGGAGGAGGCGGCGGGCCUAGCUGAGGCUCCGCAUGCCGGGGGGACGGAGCCCACCGGUGGCCACGCUCACAGCGGUGACGAAGACUCCUCCCCCCGAUCCUCGCCCCGAUCCUCCCCACGAUCCUCGUUCGGAUCUCGUCUCAGCAACCGAGGCGACGUUCUGACGGCGCCGAUGGAGCGGCGCAUCAGCAAGACGAGCGCAUUCCUGGGGGGCUCGCUGCCCACCACGGCCGGGCCCGGCUCCGGCAAGGAGAACCUGCCCAUGCUCAACAUGCGCAUCCUCUACCCCAGUCUGCGAGCGGGCCUGGCCGCGUCGGUCGCCGGGAGCUGCAUCAUCAGCAAGAUGCUGCUCACCAAUGCGGACACCCUGGGGGCCUGCGCCACGCCUCUCAUGGACCCCGACCCAGACUCACUCGAGGGCUUCAUGGAGAAGUGCGUGAUGAACAACUAUUUCGGGAUCGGCCUUGAUGCCAAGAUUUCUCUGGACUUCAACAACAAGCGGGAGGAGCACCCAGAGAAAUGCCGGAGUCGAACCAAGAACAUCAUGUGGUACGGAGUGCUCGGAACCAAGGAGCUGCUGCAGCAGUCCUUCAAGAACCUGGACCAGCGCGUGCUCCUGGAGUGUGACGGGCAGUACAUCCCGCUGCCGAGUCUGCAGGGCAUCGCGGUGCUCAACAUACCGAGCUACGCGGGAGGAACAAACUUCUGGGGCGGGACCAAGGAGGACGAGACGUUCACGGCGCCGUCGUUUGACGACAAGAUCCUGGAGGUGGUGGCCGUGUUCAGCAGCAUGCAGAUGGCCGUGUCGCGCGUGCUCAACCUGCAGCACCACCGCAUCGCGCAGUGCCGCACAGUGAAGAUCACGAUCCUGGGGGAGGAGGGGAUGCCCGUGCAGGUGGAUGGAGAGGCCUGGAUCCAGCCACCGGGAUACAUCAAGAUCACCCACAAGAACCGGGCGCAGAUGCUGACGCGCGACCGGGCCUUCGAGAGCACGCUCAAGUCGUGGGAGGACAAGCAGAAGUACGAGCUGCCUCGCCCGCACUCCCAGCAUGCACUGCUGCAGGCCACGCCACCGUCGGAGGUCAUCAUGGCGGAGGAGGCCAAUCGGAUCGAGGCGUUCGCCUGCGCCGCCGCCGCCCUCAUUCACGCGAUCAGGGAGGCGGCCGAGGGCCACAGCAGCGUGGAGCAGGAGCUGGCCCACGCCGUCAACGCCAGCGCGCACGCGCUCGACGCCCUCUACGGCAAGCCCAAGCGAUCCUCCGGCUUGGCCCGGCACCUGGUGAUGGACUUCGUAAACAACGUGAAGGCUCUGCAUGGCGAGACAGAGCUGCUGCUGUCCGGCAAGCUCUCCCUCCAGCUGGAGCGCGAGCAGGAGGACUCGCUGCACGCGGCGCUGGCGGCCGUCGACCUGGAGCUGCGUCGCAUCGCAGACAUCCCCUGGCUGCGUCACAUGGCCCAGCCGAGCGACGGGGAGAUCCACGCGAUGGAGUACUCCAAGUGGACGGGGCGCAGCGCCAAGUUCCGUCUCGUGCCCAAGUUCAAGCGCGACAAGAACCUGCGGGCCCGGGACUCGCACGCCGCCCUCGCCGUGCCCGUGCACGUGUGGUGCGCCGAGGAGGUGGGCGGCUGGCUGGAGAGGCUGGGUCUCGACGAGUAUCGCGACGCCUUCGCCCGCAACGACAUCCGCGGUCCCGAGCUGCUGCAGCUCGACCGCCGCGACCUCAAGGACCUGGGAGUUACGAAGAUUGGACACAUCAAGAGGAUACUGCACGGCAUCAAGGAGCUGAGCAAACACGCGCAGGUCAGCGAGGUGUGAGAGCCGCGGCAACGCACGACUGCCGACGCACGGACGCCGUGCGUGUACGAGAAAGCAAGGGGCGAAUGGACGGACGAGCUGACGACGGCGAAGUCGCGGUUUUGUUGCGACGCACCUCAUUGGGAUCC